UCAUCAGUAUUUGAUGACUGCAGGAAAGAGGACGAAUGGAAGAUAAUUCUUUUAGAUGAUUACACUACUAAAUUGCUGUCACUGUGCUGCAAAAUGACUGACCUACUGGCAGAGGGUAUCACAGUGGUGGAGAAUGUAUAUAAAAACCGUGAGCCUGUCCCACACAUGAAAGCAAUAUAUUUCAUAACUCCCACCAAAAAGUCUGUAGAUGGACUUAUUGAUGACUUCAUCACUAAAUCGUCCAGCAGAUACAAAGCAGCAUAUGUGUAUUUCACUGACUUUUGUCCUGACAACCUCUUCAAUAAAAUUAAGUCUUCCUGUGCAAAAUCAAUAAGGAAAUGCAAGGAGAUUAACAUUUCCUUCUUUCCAUAUGAGUCUCAGGUAUUUACUCUCAAUAUCCCAGAUGCAUUCUACCGCUGCUAUAGUCCAACUCUGGAAAAGACAAAAGAUAGAGAUGCUGUAAUGCAAGUAAUGGCUGAACAAAUUGUUACCUUAUGUGCCACGCUAGAUGAGAAUCCAGGAGUACGAUAUAAAAGUGGACCAUCUGAUAAAGCCAGCCAACUUGCACAACUUGUUGAAAAAAAUCUUGAAAACUACUACAAAACAGAUGAGAAAAGCCAAAUAAAGGCUAAAACCCACUCCCAACUAAUAAUAAUUGAUCGUGGCUUUGACCCAGUAUCAACUGUACUUCAUGAGCUCACCUUCCAGGCAAUGGCAUAUGAUCUGCUACCAAUUGAAAAUGAUAUUUACAAAUACAAAACAGAAGGAACUGCUGAGAAGGAACGGGAGGCAAUUCUGGAGGAAGAUGACGAGCUCUGGGUGAAGAUUCGGCACAAGCAUAUUGCAGAUGUGAUAGAGGAAAUACCAAAACUUUUGAAAGAAGUUUCAUCAAAAAGAAAAGCAACAGAAGGAAAAUUAUCGAUAUCUGCUUUGUCCCAGUUAAUGAAAAAGAUGCCGCACUAUCGUAAAGAGAUUAGUAGGCAAGUUGUCCAUCUUAACUUAGCAGAAGAUUGUAUGAGCAAGUUCAAGUCUAACAUAGAAAGGCUCUGUAAAACUGAACAGGACUUGGCUCUUGGAACGGAUGCAGAAGGUCAAAAAGUGAAAGACUCGAUGAGAGUUCUACUUCCAGUUUUGCUCAACAAAAGUCAUGAGAGCUAUGACAAAAUCAGAGCUAUUCUCCUGUAUAUCUUUAGUACAAAUGGAACUACCCAGGAGAACUUGGACAAGCUGAUCCAGAAUGUACAAAUAGAAAGUGAUAGUGAUAUGAUAAGAAAUUGGAAAUACCUUGAUGUUCCUGUUAUCUCUUCAUCUGCUGCUCAGCAGUAUAAACACCCAAGAAGGGACCGUUCUUCAGAAGAAACUUUUCAACUUUCUAGGUGGACGCCUGUUAUCAAAGAUGUUAUGGAGGAUGCUAUAGAAAACAAACUAGAUUCAAAAGAGUGGCCUUAUUGUUCUCAGUGUCCUCCUACCUGGAAUGGUUCAGGAGCAGUAAGUGCGCGCCAGAAAACUAAAGCUAGUUAUAAAGAGGAGCGGAAGAGUAGUGCAAGACUGAUUAUAUUUGUGAUUGGAGGAAUUACAUAUUCUGAGAUGCGCAGUGCUUAUGAAGUUUCUCAAGCCCACAAGUCCUGUGAAGUUGUUAUUGGUUCUACUCAUAUUUUGAGACCUAACCGACUACUGGAUGAAGUAAAGAGCCUUAGUAAACCAAAGGAUAUGGUCUGCAUUAAGGGUGAAUAGAAAUGGUGAUGUUUAUGAUGCAUUGGGAAAAGACAAAUAGUAUGUACAUUCUUAGAGAACUGACUUUAUUCUAAAUACUGUACCAGGACACUACAUAGUUCUGACUA